UGCAAAUGGGACCGUUGCUGUUACACAAACCCCAAAGGCCCUGGAGCAUGCCCUCCCCAACAAUGGCAUGUUUCCUUUUCAGGCGCAUACUGCGAGGUUUCCAUAUGCCCAGUAGGAUGCACAAAUCUCCAAGAUGGUUCGGCAUGUGAUUGCUGCGAUAUCGCAACCGGAACGUGCACUUCUUGUUAA